CUUUCCCAUAAGUGACUAUCCUGACUUACACAAGACUUCGGAAACAACCAGCAUCAUGAAGUUCACUUCAGCCAUCACUACCCUCUUUGCCACCUUGGCAGUUGCUUCUCCACUUGAGAGCCGCGAUGCCCUCCUCAAGCGCCAAGCUGCAGAGCCUUGCACCGUCGGAUACUGCACCCAGAACGGCGGAACCACUGGCGGUGCCAAGGGCUCGACUGUCACUGUCACUACAGUCGCCGCUCUCAUCGAAGCUGCUAAGCGCACCGAACCUCUCACCAUUAUCGUCUCUGGCAAGUUGACAGGCAGCGAUAGAGUUCGACCUGCAUCUGACAAGACCAUCAUUGGUGCUGCCGGAAGCUCAAUCACUGGUGUUGGCUUCUAUGUGCGUCGCCAGAAGAACGUUAUUCUUCGAAACCUCAAGAUCGCCAAGGUUGAUGCUUCCAACGGCGAUGCUAUUGGUAUCGAUGAGUCUACUAACGUUUGGGUUGAUCACUGCGACCUCUCCGGUGAUCUGAGUCUUGGAAAGGACGAUCUUGAUGGUCUUCUUGACAUUUCCCAUGGUGCUGAUUGGAUUACUGUCUCCAACACCUACUUCCACGAUCACUGGAAGGGCUCUCUGAUCGGCCACUCCGACAGCAACGCCUCAGAGGACAAGGGCAAGCUCCACAUCACCUACGCGAACAACUACUGGAAGAACAUCAGCAGCCGCCAGCCCCUCAUCCGCUUCGCUACCGUCCACAUCGUCAACAACUACUGGGACGGCAUUCUUCUUUCCGGUGUCAACACCCGCAUGGGCGCUCAAGUUCUCGUCCAGAGCUCUGCUUUCGCCAACUCUGUUGAGCGCGCUAUUUUCUUUGCUGAUUCCAAGGAGACUGGUUAUGCUGUUGUUGAGGAUGUCAACCUCGGUGGUUCGGUCAACUCUGCUCCUAAGGGCACUCUCACUUCUGCUUCGCUUCCAUAUAAGGUUACACUUCUGGGAUCCGGAAAGGUUGCUUCCACUAUUCCUGGCACUGCUGGUCAGAAGCUGUAA